UUUCCAGCGAGCUUUCGGUCCAGAGCUUUAGACGUUCCACAGCCUCCAGAAGACUCGGCCCCGUCAGCAACCAUGGCAAACUCCAGCAACUACAAACUCUCUGCCGCCACGGCCAACUUGAAAUACACCGAGUUGUACCCGUACAAGGAUUCCGCUGUGAAUUCUAAGGAAUUCUUGCAGAAGAUCGUCGAUGUUCUCAUGGAGUUCGUGCGAUCCACGAAUGACAGAAAGGAGAAAGUGCUCGAAUUCCAUCAUCCGGAGGAAAUGAAGAAGAUUUUGGAUCUGAAGAUUCCCGAGCAAGGACUGAGUCUGCAAUCACUCAUCGACGACUGCGCUACAACCCUCAAGUACCAAGUGAAAACAG